GUAGAUAGUUGACUAGAAACCGCACGGAGAGGAGCAUUUAUCUUAAUUACUCACAAACCCGAAUAAAUCAAACUAUCCAAUAUUCAAUGGCAACCAAUUUAUCUGCAGCAAUAAGAGUAAUAAGGGAAACUUGCACGAAGAAUCAAUCAAGACGGAUUUCCAGCAAUGUUGUCAAGAGUCAGGUUCAUCAACCUAGGAUAGAAGAGAGAGAAGGGAGCAGGAUAGAUAUAGUUUCUCCUGUUCCAGGUCCUAGAUCUUUAGCCUUGAAAGAUGAGUUGGUCAGCUUCCAGGAGAUGUCGACGGUGUCGUUCUUCGCGGACUAUGACAAGUCCGAGGGGAACUAUAUCGUGGAUGUUGACGGGAACAAAUAUCUGGACUGUUUUAUGCAGAUAGCAUCCAUCCCACUCGGUUACAACCACCCGGCAAUACUAAAUGCACUACGAGACGAAAGUAAUGUCCGAGCAAUGGCAAACCGUCCUGCCCUUGGUUGGUUUCCGUCCAAGGACUGGGCCGCCAGGAUAAAGAACUCUAUGCUCUGUAUUGCUCCUGAAGGGUUGAACCAAGUAUAUCCUAUGAUGUGCGGAACCUGCUCUAAUGAGAACGGGAUAAAGUUGAUGUUUAUGAGAUACAUGCACCGACAAAGAAACGGAAGAACUGAGUUUUCUGAGCACGAACUCAGCUCAGUUCUCAGGCAUGAAGCUCCAGGUUCUCCCAACCUCAGUAUUCUAUCCUUCAAAGGUGGGUUCCAUGGUAGAUCCAUUGGUUUACUCAGCUGUUCCAACUCUAGACCGAUCCAAGGGGUAGAUAUUCCGUCCUUGGCCUGGCCUAAAGCAGAUUUCCCUGUAUAUAAAUAUCCCCUGGAGGAGAACCAGACUGAGAAUAGCGCAGAGGAUGAACGAUGCCUGGCUAAGGUUGAGGAACUCCUGGAGAAGGCGACUAGGGAUGCGUGUCCUGUUGCUGGAGUAAUCUCUGAACCCAUCCAGGCCGAGGGAGGAGAUAAUCAUGGCAGUCCUGCAUUCUUUCAAGGGUUAGAGAAGAUCUGUAGGAAGUGGGAUAUAUCCCUGAUGAUGGAUGAAGUUCAGACCGGAGGCGGAGCAACCGGAGAGAUGUGGUGUCACAAACAUUUUGGACUUAAACCUGAUAUUGUGAGUUUCUCAAAGAAAAUGGUUUCGGGUGGUAUCUACCAUAACCUGGAGCACAGGCCGCCACAUCCAGGACGGAUUAUUAAUACCUGGGUCGGUGAUCCACACAAGAUUAUCCUUCUCGAACAGGUUGUAAAAACUAUUGUUGAGGACAAUUUGCUUGAGAGGGUUCGACAAUCCGGAUCAGUGAUGAUGACAGGACUCAAACAAUUCCAAACCGAGUAUCCAGCUCUUCUCUCCGCAGCCAGGGGCAGAGGGACAUUCUGUGCCGUUGAUCUUCCGAACCAAGUAUCCAGAGACAGGUUCCUCACUCAGCUCCGACAGAACGGAGUUCAUCUCGGAGGUUGCGGAGACAAAACUGUGAGGUUCAGACCGUCUCUCACCUUUACUCCGAACCAUGCUAAUAUUAUGCUGGAUAUAAUGGAGAAGGUUCUGAAAGAUUUUAAAAUCUCAAAAUGAUCUCUUAUAACUCAUUAAUUAAACUUCUAUAUUUGGAGUAUAUGUAAACAUAACGGGACUUUUAUACAUGUUACCUUUACAUCGAAGAGCAUUUAGUGUUAAUAAUCAAUGAUUUAAUUAUUGUGGUAUUUAAACUUUUAAUUCUAAAUUUAUUGAGUUAUUUCAUUUUUAAUACAAAUUUAGUGUUGAUUUGA